GCCAGAGGCAGGAGGAGCCGUAGCGGGCUCGGGCAGGCUGCGCCAGGAGGGGACGCGGCCAGAUGGGCUGGGAACCCCCCCUGCAGGGAGCCUCUCUCCCGCUGGGCUUGGCAGCAGGAUGGACAGAUCCUCCCCAGGAAUCCCUUCAUUGCCAUUGACUCCCUGAUUUCUAGAACCUUCUCCUCUCUCCCCAGGGCCAGAGGGAGGAUGACAUCGGGGCUCCUCUGAGCCAGCAGCGCCCAGGCAGAGCCAUGGAGUACGAGCUGCCCAACGCCACCGCCUUCUGGUUCUCCCCGGCCUCCCCCUUGGACAACUUCUCCCUGGAGGCGCCCGCCAACGCCUCCCAGAACGGCACGGGCCAGCACUUCGACCUGACCAGCAACGCCAUCCUCACCUUCAUCUACUUCGUGGUGUGCAUCGUGGGGCUGUGCGGCAACACGCUGGUCAUCUACGUCAUCCUGCGCUACGCCAAGAUGAAAACCAUCACCAACAUCUACAUCCUCAACCUGGCCAUCGCCGACGAGCUCUUCAUGCUGGGCCUGCCCUUCCUGGCCAUGCAGGUGGCCCUGGUGCACUGGCCCUUCGGCAAAGCCCUCUGCAGGAUCGUCAUGACCGUGGACGGCAUCAACCAGUUCACCAGCAUCUUCUGCCUGACGGUGAUGAGCGUCGACCGCUACCUGGCCGUGGUGCAUCCCAUCAAAUCCGCCAAGUGGAGGCGGCCCAGGACAGCCAAAAUGAUCAACGUGGCCGUCUGGGGCGUCUCCCUGCUGGUGAUCAUGCCCAUCAUGAUUUACGCCGGCGUGCAGCACAACCACGGCAGGAGUAGCUGCACCAUCAUCUGGCCGGGAGAGUCGGGCGCCUGGUACACGGGGUUCAUCAUCUACGCCUUCAUCCUGGGCUUCCUGGUGCCUCUCACCAUCAUCUGCCUUUGCUACCUGUUCAUCAUCAUCAAAGUCAAGUCCUCGGGCAUCAGGGUGGGCUCGUCCAAGAGGAAAAAGUCCGAGAAGAAAGUCACCAGGAUGGUGUCCAUCGUGGUGGCCGUCUUCAUCUUCUGCUGGCUCCCCUUCUACAUCUUCAACGUCUCCUCCGUGUCCGUCAUGAUCGUGCCCACGCCCGUCCUCAAGGGCAUGUUCGACUUCGUGGUGGUGCUGAGCUACGCCAACAGCUGUGCCAACCCCAUCCUCUACGCCUUCCUCUCCGACAACUUCAAGAAGAGCUUUCAGAACGUGCUGUGCCUGGUCAAGGUCAGCGGCAUGGACGAGGCCGACCGCAGCGACAGCAAGCAGGACAAGUCCCGCCUCAACGAGACCACGGAGACGCAGAGGACCCUGCUCAACGGCGACCUGCAGACGAGCAUCUGAGCGAGGGAUGGCGGGGUUUGUCCUGCC